AUGCUCCUCUCCACGCCAAAUCGCGACUUCGUUCACUUACGCGGACGCAAGCACGACUCAAACGUCUCACCGCGACGCGUGCAGUACAGCACUCCAUCCAAGCCGCAGCGGCGAGCGGAGUCGCCGAUGCUCACGCCGUCCCCGCUGCGCUACCCGUCGCUCUUCAGCCAGGACCUGGCCGAUCAGGAAGACGAUGUAUUCCAGUCGCCCGUGUACCCUUCGACUGCGCGGGCGCAAUCGUCCGCACGCGUCUCGACUGGCGCCCACGGCACUCGACCCAUCGCACCCCAAGUGGACGAAGGAUCGGUGUUCAUGGCCCCAUCCCAUUCCACCGCGUCCUCGAAGAAGGCGACGUCGUCCAUCAAGCCGAUGCGCACCCCCUACAGACUUAGCCAUCUUCCACCCCACACGUCCAAGCAGCCGCCGGUCGGUGCCCUCGCCUUGGAACCCCCUACAACUGCGGGCUCAAAGCGGAAGUCAGCUUCCGCCAGCACCACCUCGCCCUUGCGAAACCACUCUCUUACCCCGCUCAACCUCACGAGCUUUAAGCCCGGCGGGUUCGAGUGCCUAGCGCCGCUGCCAGCGCCCAAGUUCUCGGGUCGCAAGCCGCUCACCGAAUAUGAGGCGGACGCCCAUAUGUCGCGCCACGCGAAGGAGCUGAAGAAGUUGCGUCUUGAAGGGCUCAGCGACGACUCGGGAUGCGAGAUGAAAGAAGACGAUGAGGGCCACGCGCUCUUUUUUGCUCCAAAUCGAGGAGCGGACGCGGAUGAUGAGGCGAAGGCCGUUUCCCCGGAUGGACAUGUUACCAAACGUGCCCGUUCGAAAGCGAUCCCGGGCGGCACACGAGCGCCGUUGGUUCAGAUUGGCAAUGAGACUGGACGCUUCAAAGUACCCGCCGCAAGGUCGUCUUCGUUGCGACGACGCUCUCAUGGGCGCAUGUCCUCGGCAUCUUCGGGAGAAGGUCCUCCUCCGUCGUCUGCAGCUCGGCGUCGCACUAUGGCUUUGCCGCCUCGCAAGCUGGAGCGCGUUGAAUCUGCGACUCUCUUCUUCGGACCCGCCAUUCCCCAGCCAAAGAAAUCACAUCCGCAAUCGGAGAACGUGCUAUCAAGCAACUCGGGCAUCGCCUCCCACCGUCGUAGCCAGACGGGCCCUGCCCUCGACAAUUGGACAAAGGCGCGCUCGCGUUCUCCUUCGCCUCGCUCCUCGCCACAAUCUGUCCCCCACGAGUUCUCCUCUGGCGGGUCAGAGUUCGACGAUGACGAGGAAAUGUUCUUCAACGGCCCGGCGAUACAGCCGUUCGCCUUCAGCGUCACCCAAAACACUCCGCCCCCAAAGUUGGUCACGAAGUUCAAGCCUCGCGACUCUGGUAUCGGCCUGAGCGAUGACGACAGCUUCAACUUCGGUCCACCGCGCACUAGCGGUAGCUACAUGAACGCCAUUCCUCGGGCAUCGAACAGUGCCAGCACGAUCAACUCGGACAGUGAUGAUGCCCUCAUCACUCCUGGGGUUGGCCCUGGCGCCGGAUCCGGUUGGCCCGAGGCGCAUAUCGUCGUAACCGGGACGGAGGAACACGAAGGCGCCUCUGGCGGGCCCGACGUCGAUGCAUUCAUCCAGCGAACUCUGGCAGGGGCGGGCAAGGCAGGCUCUGACGGGCCCAAGAAAGCGCCUGGCACGCCUGUCAAAAAGCUGCGCCAGUUCAACGGCAGCCGGCCGUGGCGCAGCGCGGUGGCGAAUAAGGUUGGGUUCAGCUUCGAUACCGAGAGCAAGGGCAAGAACAAGAAGACAACGACGAACAAGCCUCGCAAGAGCAUGCCUGCCGCCUUCCCUCCGCCUCGUCUCGAUAGCGACUCGGAGGAUGACCAGGAGAGCCCCAGCAAGCGCGGCAAGUACUCUGGCGUCGGCAUGGGUCGGCCCUCGGCUAUCCCGCGCACGCGCUGGCUUACUCGCCGAAGCAGCAGCGGUUUGUUCAACAGUGGUAGCGAGUUAGGGACGCCCACCAGGGCUUCAGAUCUUCAACUCCCCACCCGCUCUCCGCUGUUCAGCACCUUCCGGCGCUCUCCGUGCCGGACCUCGUCCAGCGGUUCACAAUCGUCCAUGACAAGCAUGGCGUCGCCGACGCUGCGCUUCCCGACGCCCUUCGGCAUCCUCCGGCCGUCGUCUCGCUCCAGCGUGCGCUCCCGCCAGCCGUCUGGGGAGAUGAACAGUUACGAGCAGCCCGGCCGUUUCGAUCGUGAUUUUGAGGAGAUCGCGGAGGUUGGGAGUGGCAACUUCGGCAAGGUCAUCAAAGUGCGCUCCAAAUUCUCGUUCGGCAACACCGUCUUCGCUGUCAAGAAGUCGAAACCGUACGAGGGCACCAAGCACAGGCAACGGCUCCGCGAGGAGGUUGACAUUCACGAGCAUAUAUCGCAGGCUCUCGCGAUGGCUGGCCAGACUGCGCACCCGAACAUCGUCGCCUACAUCGACAGCUGGGAGGAGGAAGGGACCUUGUACCUCCGGACGGAGUUUUGCGAGGGCGGCAACUUCGCUCACUUCCUGCGGGAGUACGGACGCCACUACCCUCGCCUGGAUGAAGGCCGCGUGUGGAAGGUCCUCGCCGAGAUCAGCAACGGUCUGGCCUUCAUCCACGCGUGCGGUGUCAUUCACCUAGAUCUCAAGCCGGAGAACAUCCUGAUUACGGGCGAAGGCCGCUUCAAGAUCACCGACUUCGGUAUGGCUACCGAGUGGCCUCGCCCGCCUGAGAAGAGCGUGGGCUUCGAACGCGAAGGUGACAAGUUAUACUUGGCUCCUGAGAUCCUUCGCGGUGCCUACGGCAAGCCUUGCGAUAUCUUCAGCUUGGGCAUCACUAUGCUGGAAACCGCGGCCAACAUCAUUCUGCCAGACCAGGGCGAAUCUUGGCAAAGACUGCGCCAGGAGGACUUCGAGCAAGUGGAGUGGACCGGAAGUCGGGAGCUCCUGCAUAUCAUCGGGCGGAUGAUGUGCACCGACCCGGAUGAACGUAUCGAUGUAGAAGCGCUGGUCGCGCACCCCAUCGUGUCCCGUGCGCGGCAGGCCAUGGAAGACGCGCUGGCGCGUGCAGUUCAAGGAAAGGAGCCGUUCUUCGCAUCCUCGCCGCUCGCAGGAGCGCCGCCUGGUUUCUUGGAGGAACUCCUCGCAGAUACCAUGGACGACGCGAUGGACCUCAGCUUCUGA